AUGUCUACCCCAAUCCGGGUCGCCGCAUGCCACGUCUCGCCCAUCUUUCUCUCCGCGCGACGCACAACCGAAAAGGCAAUCUCCCUCAUUCACCAAGCAUCCAGGAACAAAGCAAACCUCAUUGUCUUCCCAGAAACCUACAUACCAGCGUUCCCUAUUUGGUCUCCCCUGCGCGCUCCCUUUGAGAACCACGACCUCUUCAAGUCCAUGGUGCAAGAAUCCAUCUACAUCGACGGAGAAGAAGUCGACGCUCUCCGCUCCACGGCAAAGAAGCUCAACGUGCUGCUCAGCGUCGGCAUUUCUGAAAAGGCCCGCUACAGCAGCGCGACGCUUUUUAAUACUAAUAUCAUCAUCGGUACCGAAGGAGAGAUCCUAGUCCAUCACCGGAAACUUAUGCCAACGUUUUUCGAAAAGUUAACGUGGGCUCCUGGAGAUGGCUACGGCCUGCGCGUCGCAGAGACGCGAUUUGGGAAGAUUGGGAAUCUCAUUUGCGGGGAGAACACAAACCCGCUUGCGAGGUACGCGCUCAUGGCGCAGGGAGAACAAAUUCACAUCUCCACAUGGCCUGCGAUAUGGCCGACGAGAGUUCCGAUAUCCGAGGAGACAAGCUCUCGGGAGGGGUCAAGCGUGGCUAAAGGAGCCAACUAUGACAAUGUUGCUGCCAACAGGACAAGAGCCGCUGCACACUGCUUUGAGGCUAAAAGCUUUGGUGUUCUCUGCUCAGGAGUCCUGGGCGAGGAUGCAGUUGAGGCUGUCUCUUUGGGUGCGAGCCAAGAAGAUCUGGUCUCCCGGGCGCUGCGGGAUUCGCAACGUGGCGCGACCAUGUUCUUGGACUCAACGGGCGCAUUAUUGCAGGGCUUCACAGUUGAAGAGGGAAGUCUUCAUAAAACACCGUCAGCAUUCUUGCAACACGAAGAAGACAUUCUAUACGCCGACCUAGAUGUUGGUGAUUGUGUUGAAGGGAAGCAGUAUCACGAUGUAGUCGGCGGGUAUCAACGCCUCGAUGUGUUUGAUGUCAAGGUUGACCGUAGACGGCGAGAACCGGUUUCAUUCAAGGGGAAUCAUCUCACAAUAAAGAGAGAGAUGGGAGCUCUUGAAGAGGAUUGA